CCCCCCCCCCCUUCACCUCUGACUCUGUGUCUGGUCGGAAUUACAAAGCAUUCAAAAACAACAACAAUAAAUUAAAGCAAACGCUUUGAUGUUCCACCUGAGAGUAAAUCUGUAAGGCUUGUUACCAGCAUUCAGACAUCACUUCUGUUUGCUUCACAGCCAGACUGGACACGGGGGAAAAAUAAAUAAAUAAAAUGUGUUUUUAGUUGUGUAAACGCCUUCCUCGGUAAACAUUAAUGCACCGGGGUGAAUGAGAACCCAUCCACCAUGGCGGCUCAGUGCUACACCAGCUUCACGUGGUGUCUAUGUACGUGAUGUCUGUGCUUCUAGCAACAUCCGUGCGCCGGUGACAAGAAACGACUGACCAUCUGAGGAAUCCUCUGUUUAGGCCUGGCUGAUUUGAUGUAAAUAAUGUAAUCGUUUAUAAUUUAACUCAGAGAAAACAAUAAAACACCCUUGUAUUCAUCUCUGCUAUUGGCGUGGUCGUCAUGGCAACGGAAACCGUCCAGACGACAGGACAGUUGGAGAAGGCGAAUAGGAGGUGUAUGAGCUCUGUGGUGAAAACUGAAGCCAGUCUGACACAAAGGAAACUAGCACCUCUCUCCAGACUUCACACGAGUCGUUUGUCACCCAGAAAGGUGAUUUUAAAUAUAUAAACAGGCCUAUAUUUAUCCCGACUUUAGGAUUUCUGACCGGAAUCCUCCCAACAGAGACGAGCAGGGUGAAGAGAGCCCGUCCCAGUGGUGUGAUCACCUUCCACACACCUGUCAAACUGCUGAAGACAGAGGCCAGUAAAGAGAUGAAAGCAAAUCUCCAAACAGCACCCACUCUCGCAUGCCUCCCUGAGACGAAGGUGGACAUUGAAGCUGAAAAGCAGAAGGUACAAGAACUGAUCCGAUCUCUGCGGGACGCAGAAAAUAGCUUCAUUAAGGAGCUGGAGUGCUUUUUGAGUGAGCAGGAUGAUCAUAAGCUGAGGAGGAAGCAGCUUCUUCAUAAACGCUGGACGGAGAAUGUGUGGCUUCCCUGUUGGAGGAGACUGGAGGAACGUGAGGGGAGCUGCAGGCCCCAGCAGAACCGGCUACGCCAGGCGUUGUACGACGACUACCUGAGACACUGCAACUCCAAGCAGUUUGUAUUUCUGGAAGCCUACGACCUACGAGAGUACAACCCUUUUCUCCUCAACACCAGGAAGCCACAGCAUUUCAAGAUGUUUUCGUCCAGGCUUGACACCAUCCCAGAUUACAUCCGCGCAACAGCUACAUCCGAUGGAAGGUGUCAUCAGUCAAGCUGCUGGUGCACAGAGACGCUCUCUGGUCUUCAACCAAAUCAGUAAAAGCACUUUAUUCAUUCCA